CGCGCGGGAAAUUAGCGACUACUAUACAAGAGGAGCAGACGUCAUUUCCAGCUCGACUAUUGUCAUAAAAAAAAAUUUAAAAAAACGACAACAACAACAAAAUACAUGCAAAUGUUUGCUGGCAAGACAGCGACGCUCAAAAGUCACGCGCUGGUCCUGAGCCUCGUGCUAGGACCUCUGUGGACCUCCUGCAAGGCGCAACUAUAUGAAGACGAAGCCAAACAAAUCCCAGGUGAAGGGGGCAUGGCUUUCUUUGCUCUGAGAAGUUGCCACCAGCGUCUGGGUGGCGACAGCGGCGACUUUUUUUCUCCUGACUAUGUUUGCGCCAACCCACCCCUGUGGUGCAACUGGACCAUCCGGGCCACGGCCGGCAAGCGGAUCCACCUGAAUCUUCAGGACUUGACUCCUGACGAGCACUGCCACCAGAAGCUGGACCAGAUUGAGGUGAACGAGCCCAACGUGGAUCGCCGGGUCCUGAGAGGGUGCUGGCGUGAGGCCACGUAUACGUCCCGGUUGGACACUUUGCACGUGAUUCUGCUGAUCGGCGGUUGGCCUGCUCAGCAGUACCGAGGAUUCUACGCACGCUACCGUACUUUUGUACCCCCUGUGGCCUACAAACCGCCAGAUGGUGUCUCUGGGAAUAUCCCAGACAUGAUGAUGGCAUUGGAGCGUGAGCAGCAUCCGAGCGCAACUGCUACAGUGUUUACCUUUUUGGAUUAUUCUGAUAAAGCUACAUAUUCAUCCCUGGAGAAAGGUGUACACGCUCAGCCUCCCACCUCACAUGACUUGAAGUUGUGGUUGGAGACCACACCGCUGUCAGACUCCCCAUACAGUACCACCCAUACGGAAAGAGGCACACCCCGAAUGCUCUCGGAUCUACCCGAGCUUGCUUCUCAGGAGCAUCUGAAAAAGCUCUCGAGCAGCCCCCUUCACACCCUAACCGCCAAGCGCAGGGACGUCGCCCUGGCUGAAAACCAACAUCCUCCAACUGAAGUCGAAGACAAAAUUGGGACCACCGAAACACCAGCAUCCUCUGAUGAACAAUCACUGGGGUGGACUCUUUCACAUCCCAACAUAAUGGAGCCACUUUCAGACUACCACGGGAAGUACAAUGUCUGGAAUGCUUCAAAAGAUCUUCAUCAGCCUGGUGAUCAGCUAUUCGAAGUGACCGUGGAGGUCCAGCUCAGUCAGGAACGUGACCGGAGCCAAGACCAUUUGGACGGAUCACUGAUGAAGUCUGUCAAGGCUCUGGUCCUCCAACAUCUUGAUCGGCUUCACAUUUCGCUGAGUUUAACCCUCAAAAGAAUUAAAAGGCUUCGUGCGGGAGAACUUUAUAUCAUGUGGCUGAACACGGGUCGCGGGGGCACUGACGUGUACAACGGCGUGCACCAGGGCCUGCACAAGCUGCUUGGUAGCGCUGUCGCCCAAGGUGCAAACCCGCACCAUGGCAUCAUUGCAUCAGUCUCCAUUGGAGAUGUCAACGAAUGUGGAACGCAAUUGUCUUUGUGCGACAUUAAUGCUGACUGUUUGGACCAGUUUGGCUCGUACUGGUGCCGAUGCAAAGAAGGCUUCAGGGAUGAGUCUCAUUUGGGACCUAGAGGAACCGUAUGCGUGGACCAAAAGCCCACAGCAGGUUGCAACCAGGGCCCGUCAGCUGAGACCCAGGGAGUGUACGUGCUCUUCUUCCUGCUCAGCACGCUGCUGGUGAUAUCACUGGUGGUGGCGUGCAUGCUCUACCGCCGUCACCGACGUGGGGCCUUUAUGCUUAAAGGCGAGCAAUCCAGCUCGGCUCAGGGCUACACCGACAACACAUAUGUCGGCCCCAGUGACCCGGACCUCCCACCGCCUCCGCCACCAGCCAGGGGGCCGCGGGAUGCUUGGCCCCUGCACAAGGAGCGAUGUGCCACUGUGGAUCUUCAGCUUCUCCGCUUCAGCCCACUGACACCCUCUGACAUUUACACAGACCCGCAAGAGAGCAGGAAGAAGUGAUGGAACAUCUUUUUGGGGAAGUUUUUUUUUUUUUUCUUUUUCUCCCACUUAAGUGUGACUUCCAAAUUUUUAAGGAUUUUUUUUUUUCUUUAAGAUUCCCGUUUGUAGUUUUUUAAAAAGUGAUAUAUAGUACCUUUGUAUUAUUUCCAGUUCAUCUUUUAGAAUUAUUUUCUUUGUAGUAUUCUUUGCAGUUAUAACACUUUCUUAAGUUUUAGUUUGUCUUCUGUUUGAGUCUCCUUUAAUUUUUUAUAUCUUUAAUUUUUGGGAGUUUUUGGAGGAUUUUUUUUUUUCUUUCUCUCCCUUACAGGCAAUUCGUUCAUUUUCCAAGCCUCUUAUCAAAAGGGUCACUGUUUUUCUUACUGUUCAUUAUUUAAAAAUGUUAUUUCCGUUUUGGUCAUUUAUUUUAAUAGUAGUAAUCACAUGCAGACCACAGCAUUAAACACUACAGAUGAUUUAAAGUUAAAAUUGUUUAUGGUGGAAAAGAGAUCUAUAUGUUGUCAACUGUGACAAUUUCACCAAAGCGGUGACAUUGUAUAAAUGCUCAAUAAAAAUGC